AAUACUUGAAUGUAUCAUUUCGAUACCGCACGUGCUGAUGAUAGCUUUACCAGCCCCGUUUUGUGCGUAAUUCUCUAAUUUUUACAACGAAGGAAUCCACUUUAGAAGAAAAGUGGCCCGUUCCUCCUCCGCUGCCUCCUCUUGCACACAAGAGCACAUUUGAUACGAGAGUCAGUCAUGGACACAAACCGGAGAUUUACAUGCUUGCAUACGGCGGCAUGCUCAACAACCAAAUGAGGAUGGAUAGAAAAUAAAAAAAAAGAAGACGUGAAUAAGAGGGAUUUUUUUCGAACUAAACAGGUGACGGCGGAAGGAUGCCGCUAGUAAAGCGCACCAUCGAGCCCAGGCACCUGUGCCACACGGCGCUGCCGAGGAAUAUUAAGAACGAGCUGGAAUGCGUCACCAACAUCUCCUUGGCUAGCGUCAUACGACAGCUCAGCAGCCUAAGCAAAUAUGCAGAAGACCUGUUCGGAGAGCUGUUCAAUGAGGCGCACACCUUCUCCUUCCGGGUUAACUCACUGCAGGAGCGCGUGGACCGCCUCUCCAUCAGCGUUACGCAACUGGAUCCCAAAGAGGAAGAAUUGUCCCUGCAGGACAUCACAAUGAGAAAGGCUUUCAGAAGUUCCACCAUCCAGGACCAGCAGCUGUUCGAUCGCGAAUCUCUACCGGUUCCGAUGCAGGAGACCUACCAAGCCUGCGAACAGCCGCCGCCUCUCAAUAUCCUCACGCCUUACAGGGACGACGGAAAGGAAGGCCUCAAAUUCUACACCAACCCUUCCUACUUUUUCGACCUAUGGCGAGAGAAAAUGCUCCAAGACACCGAAGACAAGCGGAAAGAACGCCGGAAACAGAAGUCGCAGGACCCCCGCAUGUAUGAUCAGGUCUAUAGGUACUUAGACCUUCCUGGGCAGCUGAAGGGCAUCGACCGCCCGGCGGAGCCCGACAAGGUGCCACGGGCACCCCACGACCGCAAAAAAGAGUGGCAGAAGCUAGCACUGGGUGCCGAGUUGGCGCAGGAUACGGUCGACAACAAACACCGAGAGGCCAACGGCUCCGUUGGCUACCCUGACAACAGGGCUCAGCUGUACAUGGAACACUUGGACGGGCCAUUCUCGCUGGCGGCACUGCCGUACACGCAGAUGAACGAGUUGCUGAGCCGCGGCGGUGAUAGAAUGUACUCGCGGCCCAACGAAGCGCCACCACCUCCGCCCGCCGCGCACCCGCUGGGGGAGAUCAAGCCGCCUUCAGUCAUCAGUUCCAGUUCGGGUUUUUCCGACAGCAGACCUCAGUCUCCGGCACGGACAGCGGGCGUAAACUCCAACGCCCAUCCUCCGGCGCCUCCCCCUCUCCCCCCGCCGCCCCCGCCUCUCCCUUCCUCCGGGUUACGCGGCACACCUCCGCCACCCAUCCCCCCGCUACCGAUUCACCAGCAACCCCCGGCCAUCCCUCCUCCCCCGGCACCUCUCCAGAUCGCCCCAGGGGUGCUCCACCCUGCUCCCCCGCCGGUGGCACCCCCGCUCCACUCUUCCUCCCCAGCCCGGGGCUACUCGGCCCUGCCGGACGGCACCGCCCUGCCUCCUCCGCCGGUGCCGCCUCCGCUCCCCUUGCCCGGAAUGCGGAGCUCUUCGCCCUGUCCAUCGGGACCGCCGCCGGUUCCGGCCUUCCCUUCCGCGGGGGCAAUGGCCACCCCGCCGCCACACUCCAACAUGCACGACUUGGGAAGCAAGCGGCACCAUCCAGCCAAUCUGCCGCCCAUCAGCGACGCCCGCAGUGUCCUGUUGGAGGCCAUCCGGAAGGGCAUCCAGCUACGAAAAGUGGAAGAGCAGCGAGAGCAGGAAGCGAAGCACGAGCGCGUGGGUAACGACGUGGCCACCAUCCUAUCCCGACGAAUCGCCGUCGAGUACUCCGAUUCGGAGGACGAAUCCGAGUUCGACGAAGGCGACUGGAUGGAGUGACGGGAGGACGGCGGACCCUUCCUCGCUUUUUUCGUUCGUCUCGUCGUCGGUCGGCUUCUCCGUGUCCCUUGUUGUCGUCUUUCUAGUGGUCCAAAAUACCAUCCUGUUCGAGUUCUGCACUACCACACGCCUUGUGUGUUGUCUUUUUACUUAGGAGACGGCAUGUUGCAUUUCGCACAUUUUCUUUGCAGUUCUUUUUCCGCUUGGGAACAAUUCGUGUGUCGUUGUCGUGUGCGUUCACUGACCUUUAACCCCAGGGAAUCCAGAAGUCCGGGUGAAUUCUUGAGCCAUUGUUUUUUAAUCCAGUCUGGUUUUUAGCUCUCAAGUAUGGCGGCUUUUCAUGACUGGUUGUUCCUGUUCAUAUUUAGUAUGCAGAGGUUAUGAACACCAAUGAAGGCAGCUUUCUCACCUCACACGUACAUACACAGAACCCCCUUUACUGUGUAACGAGAGGCCUUACCUCGUUUGGUUCUACAGCAGCAACCUGCGGAAGACAUUUUGUGUCGCUCGAGAAAAAAAAUGCAAACGACAGCCAUGGUUUUUGUCCGUCCGUUUGUUUCUUUAUUUCUUCUUCUUGCCUUAUUGUCCAAACGUGUCGUUGAGUUGAUGAAUGUAUUGUGCCGUUACUACUUACUUGCCUGCGCUUGUAUGGGUUUGCUGUUUCUAUGUUUGUGGGAGGGAAGAAAGGUCUGGUUUGGAAGAGAGGAAAAAAAAUAAUGUAACUUAUGUAACUGUUACAGUUUGCUUGAAUUAAUAAAAAUCUAAUGUUCCAUCGCUGAAAUCUUGUUGUUUUUUUUCCACGAAUUGGGUUGAUAACUUAACAAAACUUGCAUUAUUAAUUACCGUAAGAAUUGAUUAUCCUUUUCUAGUCAUUGUUUAUGAACCAGUUAUUGUUUAAUGAGUAAACAAAACCAGAUACAGUGGUAUGAAAAAGUAUCUG